AUGGCUACUAGAGGAGCCACGUUGAGGAGUGGUCGAGCACCGAGGGGUCAUACGGCCGCCAGGGACGUGCCAACCACGGGGUCUGACCGGGAUCCCCCUGCUUCGAGAGGUGACGACCCCAAGCAGGAAGCCUUGCCUACCGGAAUGGAGGAAGGCGGCGCGCGUGGUCGGGAUGACCACCGCGGGAAUAAUCCAAACAACACCGGGAGCGCAGCCGCUGCAGCCAGGCGCGCUCGUAGAAGCUUAAGCUUGAAUAGUUUUAAUAGGUAUAUGGUAGACACUGAGAUUAAUAGUGUCUAUAGAAGCUCUGUGAAUGAUGCACAGACUGUUGUUACUGAAACUAAGGAACUCAUUACAUCCUUGAUGGAUAGGUUAAGUAGAAUUGAGAAUGCCAUUAAUAUGAAUGGUAGCAUUUUUGAGGUUUCCCGUGCACCAGAGGACUCCGAUAACAGUCACGGUCGCGAAGAAUCGCAGGAAAUUACAAUUGAUAAUGAUUACUUACAAAUUCAGGAAAUGGAAAGGAAACUCACUGAAAUGAAGAAGGUAUACACGAGACGAUAUCAAUCCAUUGAAGUUCAACCGAAAACUGAGAGACGCGGUAUAUCCACCACUCCCAUGUCUCAUGAUGUCGAAGAUCUUAUCACACAAGCGGCGCGUCAACAAACGCAGGCUAGACGGACAGAGGCUAUUAAGCCUAGCAACCAGUUACCCGCGGAAAGUUUACUCGGACAGCUUCUGGCCAACCCGAAAGGUAAUAGCGGCAAGGAGCACGCCGAGUUAAGCGCCCGAGCACUGGGACCGUUGGACACCGAGGGACACAUAAUAAAUCCCGCGAGAUUCAAACCGUUACCGCCUACAGCCCCGGAUAAGUAUCAUGGCGACGCAGACUUUAUGAAAUUUUACAAAUACAUUACUCAGUGUGACAGAUUUUGUAAAGAGGCUGCAUUACCUCCCCAGGAUCAAGUAGUGAAAUGUGCUGAUUACCUCGCCGGAAAAGCAUACAAAUUCUACUCUACAAUGGUGUCCAUAAGUGUAGACUCCUGGGACAGGCAACGAUUCUUUACUGAACUUUAUAAUUAUUGCUUCCCACCCGAUUACAGACUGAAACAAAGAAAGAAACUCGAGAAGUUUUCUCAAGGAUCAAUGACUGUGGCUGAGUAUGCUGCCGAAUUAUUGAUUUUAUUCCGCAUUGUGGGAAAGUCUACUCCUUCGCAACGCGUAGAUCGUUUGUGGAACGGAUUGAAACCUGAAUUACAAUCCGCCCUUUGGAAGGAAGGACUCGACUACGAGCAAAACACGUGGGAUUGUUCGAGUCUAUAG